CGACAACCCUGUUCCCGAUCUGCCCCAAACCUCACCUUACCUAUUAGCAACUUCGCUGCCCCCUAAUUCAUCCACCACAUCCUGCUGCUGCUUCACCUUGCUUCUUCUCUACUUCUUUUCACCUUCGGCUUUCCUCUAAUGCCCCCUUCAGCCCUGGAGAGCUGCUACGUUCGAUUCUCUCUAUUCCAUCAUUUGUGUUAAUACGGCCGCCGACAGUCCCUCCUUGCCCGAUCACGAUCCAAAGCCCCCUCUAAAGUAAUAUCCUGCAAUUCCGAACCCUCCUGUUCCUCGAACUCCCGGCUUCCUCUCGACUUGACUCUCUGUUCGAACACGAAUCCAUUCCUCGUCAGUCGGCCAUUACCUUUCUGUGCCUUGGAAUUCACGUUCAAAGACGUCUGUGAGCUCUACGCACCUCGCCGCAGGUCCCGAAAUCCUACAUAUUCUGGCCAUCUCCUGCGUACACGCAAAUAAGAGCACACGAUAUUACCUGUACAAUCAUUUCUCUUGGCACGAAAGUGGUUCUACGGCAAAAGAGGGACAUCUACAUAAUUCGAAAUCGUCGCAUAGACGUCCAUUUGUCUCUGCAAUCUGCAACGUACUUGGAAGAGCUCGACAAUGGCUCCUCCCACUACCACGCGGCCCGACGGGCAACUCAAUAUAAACUUAUCUGGACUGACACCCAUCAGCGAGCCUUCUUCAGUGCCCACCAGCAAAUCUCCCUUUGGCGGUGCCAAAUCCUCCUCGGGAUUGGGGGGGCUGUCCAAUACAAGAGUAGGAGCUGGCUCUCCUCUUCACGAACAAGCCUCACGACUGUUUCCAAAGCGUACACGGGAACUGCAGUCUCAGACUUCUUUGACCCCUAAUAUCUGGGGUCCUCCAACCAGUGGCACCUCAACCCCGCUGUUUGAGAUUCCGGAGUCCCCCAACCAGGAUGGUUUCCCAGAUUUGGUUCCUCUGACCGAGACUGGGAUCAAUAGUCCCGCGAGACGAGGACGAGCUGGCACCCUUCCCUCCCGAAUAUCACCAGUCGGUACGAUAAACGGAGUCAAUGUCCUAACGUCCAAGACUUCUCGGCCAACCCCUUCCACGAGUCCAUUUAGGCCCGGUUCAACGUCUGCCGCCGAAACCGCAUUCUACUCAACUGCCUCUAGCCAAGCCAACGCAGGAACUUCAGCUCUUCUAUCCAGGCUUCGUGCCGGGAGCAUGCCUCAGCGGUCAAGCCUGCUCGGUCCCUCUGGCCCGUUUAGUCAGAACGCCUUUAGCUCCAGCUGGGGAACGAGGACUCGGGCUGCCACUCUGACAAGCAUCAGUUCUGCCGAGGAUCCUACCUCUCCCCAACCGUCCGGAUAUUCUAAGGAUGGCAUGUCCGACUCGGGGGUGCGCACCCUGGACUAUCUUGGGCUUGCUGAACCUCCCCAGCAUUCGAAACCUGAUGGUCUUCGUCAAAGUACAGAUGAUUCCCCACGUCCCGGGGACCCCAGCUUGUCCGACGUAUUGGCCGGUUUUGGCAUGCGAAACUCCAGUCGAUUCAGGUCCUUCUCUGUCAAUACCCAGUCCAAGUAUGCGACUGAAACUCAAGACGGAAGCAGUAACUUUCCGAUGUUCCCUAGCGGGUCGUUAACACCCUCUGCGGCGGCGGCGCUGGAAGCCGAGUAUGAGUUGGUCCAAGAGAAGGUUCGGCUGCAUAACCAAGCAGUUCAGGCAUUUGCGGUGAAUGCCAGCGCUGCUCGACCGCGAGCUCGGACCGCUGGACUUGUCGAGACGCCUCAACGCACAUCACUUCGUAAUCUGUCGCAACAGCCAGCGGACAACCUUGGUAUGGCAUUCGAUAUCCAAGGUUCGAAUGUAAUGGACCAGUCAACUCUUGCAGACACUCUACAGAGUCUGUCCAUCGCCGAGAACGUGACCUUGUCAUAUGAAGGCAUGGACGAAUCGGAAGUCCAGGUCUCUCGUUCCCUGUGGAUAGGCUCGAUCCCGAAUUCCACAACAAUGUCCUCGCUGGAUGCUAUCUUCAACCGCUACGGCCCGAUCGAAUCAACCAGGGUUCUCACUCACAAGAAUUGCGGUUUUGUCAAUUUCGAAUCGGUCGAACAUGCCGUUCGCGCUCGACAGUUGCUCAACGGGAAAGAAAUCUUCCCUGGCGCCGGCCCCGUUAGAAUCGGGUUUGCAAAGGCUCCAAAUGCGUCUGUCUCCUUGACUCCCGUGCAAAACGCCACGCCUCCGCCGGGGGCAAAUGGAAAUGCCGAAGCAGGGGCUUCGCAAGCCAAGGAUGCCACUGGCAGCCCUACCGGCUCGACGAACAUGCAGCAAACGUUGAGCUUGCCAGCUCCCGACCGCCUAGCGGAGCUGCAGCCGGAGAUAUUGCAAAUCGUGCUCGAUUUCGGUGGGCAACAGUCGGAUUUACCCAGUAUAUCGGCAAAUAUUGAGAGUGCCAUUUGUUACAAUCGCCUAGAGAAAGAGAUUCCUCCUAUCCCAGAACCGAGUUCCACAAGAAUGUAUGAUGCUCCAAGGCUUCGGGACAUACGCAAACGCAUUGACAACGGAGCAUGCGGCCUGCAAGAGAUUGAGCAGAUCGCUAUCGACAUGUUACCUGAAAUUGCAGAAUUGUCUUCAGACUAUCUCGGCAACACCGUGGUCCAGAAGCUCUUCGAAUACUGCUCCGAGCAAACCAAGGAACAGAUGCUGGCAUGCGUAGCACCUCAUCUUGCUGAAAUCGGUGUGCACAAGAAUGGUACCUGGGCCGCUCAGAAGAUCAUUGAAGUGUGCAAGACCGAAAGCCAAACUCGAAUGAUUGUCGACGCGCUUCGACCCUACACUAUACCUCUGUUCCUUGACCAAUAUGGCAACUAUGUUCUUCAAUGCUGCCUUCGUUUUGGACCACCCUACAAUGACUAUAUCUUCGAGACCAUGCUUAGCCAACUUUGGGAAAUUGCUCAAGGACGGUUCGGGGCCCGGGCCAUGCGCGCUUGUUUGGAGGCUCAUCAUGCUUCAAAGAACCAGCAGCGCAUGAUGGCGGCGGCGAUUGCUUUGCAUAGCGUACAACUUGCCCAGAAUGCCAACGGGGCACUGUUAUUGACUUGGCUCCUCGACACCUGCACCUUCCCGCGGCGGCGCUCAGUUCUGGCCCCAAGACUGAUCCCUCACCUCGUUCAACUCUGUACCCACAAGGUUGCAUAUCUCACAGUGCUCAAAAUCAUCAACCAACGAAACGAGCCAGAGGCUCGUGAUAUGGUUUUGAAUGCCCUAUUUUUCAGUCCGAGUGACACCGUGCUGGAACAAAUUCUCUGCGACCAAACCUCUGGUGUGACCCUGAUCUUCAAGAUUUUGACCACACCAUUCCUUGACGACCACAUGAGGCCAGAGGUGGUCCAAAACGUUUCCAAAGUCCUCACAAAGAUAAAGGCUCAACCGAACCAAGGCUACAAGAGAAUCAUGGACGAAGUUGGGCUGUCAUCAAGACCUAGUCAACCUGUUAUGCAGCAAUUCCCGUCCCAUGGGCACCCGAACCUGAACGAUCGGACCAGACCAUUGGUCCAACCGCAACAUGUCCCAGGGAACGGGAUGCAACAGCAAAAUUAUCCCCAGCGGCAAUACAGCGGCAACUUCGUCCCCAAUGGCAGCACCUUCGAGAAUGGUCUGAGCCCAAUUCGGACAGGCUCGGCCGACUCGUUUGGUUUCGCCCCUUACACCAUGAAUGGGUUCCAGUCUCAGCAGCAAUAUUCGCAGCUUCCUUAUCAACAAAUGACUCCCCAAUCUCAAUACCAGAGCUUCCCAGCUGCGGCCCCCCAGCGGUCCAACAGCGGGUAUAUGCCCAACGGUUAUGCUGGAUACGCGACACCCCCUUCAGCGGUCGAUCCUUUCCGUCCGUUACAGAAUCCCAACUCUUCACCUCUCUCUUUCUCGGCACAAAUGAGUCCCGUCAUCGGUUCUACCGGUUUUCCUCCACAGAACUUCCAGCAGAAUAUGCCUUCCAACAUGUACAAUUAUCCCCAACAACAGUUUUUCUUCUCCCCACCAAUGCAGACGGUUCAUUCUGGAGGGCGAGGCCGUCGGAGAUAGAGGAUUUGAUUCGCGCACGGAAAGAGUGAUUGUCCCUUGACGAAAUCUGCCUGACGCCUUCUUGCCAUGUUUCAUCCCUUUGAUCACUGUCCAAAUUCACGAAUCUCAUAUGGUGCAACAUGUUUUCGAAAGACUUGACAACUUUGGAGAGCAUAUAACAUUCUUGUGCAAUACACAUGGGGAAGGGGCAAAUUCAAUGAUACCCGUGAGCGCAAAAGGGGGAGUUUUCUUGAAUCUAGUAGGGAAUGAUGUCGCAUCAUAGCCACCAUGGUGUCUAUCUGGCGUUUCCUCGAGCAACACGCUGCGUUCGCCUUAUGUUUCUACACUCAUGAAGAGUCCGACAUUCUUACGGCGACUUCCUUUGUGCUGCCUGGAUCUCGUUUCAUGCACGCGGUGCCGUGCAGAAAUCCGAGCCUUCCAAACAAAGUUGGAGGACGCGCGUUUCUGGAAAGAGCAAUGGGAGUGGGACCCGAUCAUGGGCAGAGGGCUAGGGGCAUCAAGACAGGGUACUUUUCUCCAGGCCAUGGGAUCUGAGCUAUCGUGGACGUGGACGUGGACGUGGACAUGUCUUCUGGGUCGUGUCGUCCGUGGCUGAGUGAGCACGCUCUUCGCAAGUACCGAGUAUGGUUUCUUAGGCUGGGGGGCAAAAUCGCCCCCUUAGACAUCUUUACGAACAAAGACAACUUUGCGCAUUGGGUUGGUUCGGCGCGAGUUGAAUUCGACACAAAAAAGCAUUCGUUACAAUUGAAAUGAUGACGGUUGAUUUUUCUUCCUU